AUGAGGGCUCUCCGAGCCAGGAUGAAAGAAGAUGGUACACUGAGUGCACAUGAUGAAGAAUGGGAGAAGGUACUGGGUUACCGAUACAACCCUCUUUCAGAAGAGAUGCACGUGGGCCACGUCAGGUGCGAUCCCGAUGCGUCAACAAAGAGGGAGUGCUUUCUGAUUACGGUUCGCAGCCGAAUACUUAUUAGGUCUAUGUGGAAGAAUGGUUUGGGUUGGGAUGAUCCUCUCCCUACUGCGCCGACACGUGACUGGUUAUUUGUCGUGCUGAAGGAUUAUUUCUUUUUUUCUGCUCUGUUACUCGACCUAGUUGGAGCAGGUCGCAAGAGGAGGAUUCCUUUUGCAACCCUUACCAGGCUGUCGCUGCUCUCUUCUGGGGGGGUCACUAAAUACUCAUAUCUUUCUUUCUUUCUUUCUUUCUUUUUUUCUUACACCCUUAUUAUACCCUUCUUACACCUUUGUUUGUUUCUUCUAUAUUUCUUUAUUUAUUUCGCACAAACUUCUUUCAUCUAUCUUUUUCUUUCUUUAUUUUUCUUUUGUUACACUCUUCUUAUAACCUUCUUACACUUUGUUUGUUUAUUUGUUUGUUAUUUCUUUCUUUCACUCUCUAAUCUUUCUUUCUUUCUUUCUUACAACGUUCUUACACAUUUUUUUAGACUUUUCUUUCUUUCUUUUUGUUUUUACGCUCUUCUUAUAACCUUCUUAGACCCAUCUUACAUCUUUCUUUCUUUCUUUCUUUCUUUCUUUCUUUCACCCUUCUUAUAUAUUUCUUUCUUUCAAUAUAUUUCUAAAAUUGUUGCUGCUGUUGAAAGUCUCCAACUAAUGACUCAACUUGAAUCUAUCUAUCUAUCUAUCUAUCUAUCUAUCUAUCUAUCUAUCUAUCUAUCUAUCUAUCUAACGAUACAGUGGUAG